CUCUAACGCUACAUUGAUAAAACGCUUUGGUGGCUAAUCGAUGUUCUUCUGUCUUGGCAUUGUUCGCGGUUCUUGAACGAGUUUCAGAAAAGCUUACUUUAUCAACGAGGUUAACGUUUUGAAAAUUAUCGCAAUUUUUAACGCUAUUUUGUAUCGUUUUUCCGUAGAUAUUAAUAGAAAUAAGAAUGGAAAAACGUAUAGAAUUAGAAAAGCGUGGCAAAAACCCUGCAGAUAUUGUCGAAUUGAAUUUGGACAACUGCAGGAGUACAUCAAUUGUGGGAUUAACUGAUGAAUUUGUUAAUUUGGAAAGUUUGUCUCUUAUUAAUGUGGGUUUGGUAUCUCUGAAAGGUUUUCCCAAGCUUCCAAACCUGAAGAAACUUGAUCUUGGAGAGAACAGGAUAACAAAUGGUUUGAACUUGCUGGAAACAAGUCCAAAGCUUACAUAUUUGAAUUUAAGUGGUAAUAAAAUCAAGGAUCUGGCCACACUUGAACCUUUGAAAAAUUUCAAAAACCUGAAAAAUCUAGAUCUUUUCAACAAUGAGGCAACAAUGAUUGAUAACUAUAGGGAAAAAGUUUUCAAACUGAUUCCCAGUUUAAAAUACCUAGAUGGGUUUGAUGAAGAUGAUGGAGAAGCUGACACAGAUGGUGAAGAAGAAGAAGUAAAUGGGAAUGAAGAUGAUUCUGAGGCUGAAGAUGAGGAAGAAGAUGGUGGGGAUGAAGAAGAUGAUGAGGAAGCUGAGGUGGAAGGUGAAGAAUCCUCUUCUGCAGAAGACGAAGAUGAGGAAGAAGAGGAGGACACAUCAGUAGGAUUGGGAGCUGUAUAUUCAGAGAACUUGGACGAGCUGAGUGAUGAGGAUGAUUAUGUUGCUGGUGACAAUGAUGAAGAGGAUGAAGAAGAAGAUGGUGUUGAUGAUGAGGAGGAAGAGGAAGCAGGAGGAGCACAACAGCAAGCCAAACAACCCACAACCCAGGAUGUGUCGAGGGGUAAAAAACGAAAGCUAGAGGAUGGAGGCGAAGGCGAGAAUUAAGGGAGUUGGAGGGAGAAGUAGCGUGCGUGCGGCGUGUGUAUAGAGAGAAAGAGAGAGUGAUAAAUGAUUCCGAUAAACUUUUCUACAUGAUGACCAAUGAAGUGUCUCUAACACGGUGCACGGGGGCCACCACAGACCCCUGACUCACCUCUGGCUGUGGUUUCAUAUUUUACAAAAAAACAAAAUGAAAAUUUUCUAAAAAAAAUUAUGUACCACAACGUGACAAAAAUCAGCCUGUUUGACAAAGGCGAUCAAAUUCUAAAAUUGUGUAAAGUUUUAACAAAAUUAUGAUGAAAAAAAUGUUGAAUAUUUUAUCUCCACGAGCACUAAAAUCAACUUUUGAGGUGUGUAGUGUUUUUUAAAUGAACGUAGUAGAGAGAGCAGCCAGCCAUUGUUAACAAAAUGUGUAAUUCAGUGAUGGUAUAGCAUUAUAUUUUGUACAUCCCAUAGGUAUGUCUGGUAGAAAGUAGGAAGUUAAGAUUUAUGGUAUUUUAUGACUAAGUUAUUUUUUCUUCUCCAUCCUUUUUUAAUCAGACACAUCAUGUGUUGUACUUCAACUUCAAAUUAAUAUUUGAUGCUCAUUUACCUUGAUACAGUAAAAAUAUUUGAAGAAGGUCACGGACAUUACUUGAAAAUUUGGUAUCAGAACUACAAAAAUCGCAGGAUCUAACUAAGCAUAGUAAGUAUUGUUUGUAUAAAUUUUGUUUUCAUGCUGCACUUUUACAGUGUAUAGAGCAGGUGAUUUCCAAAAAUCAUUCACAUAAAGUUCUAUCUAUUGCAUAAUGACGCCAGUAAACUUUAUAUAAAACUAAUAAUGUUAAUCUAGCAACACUCAAGUUUCACAACUUUAACCUAUUUUUUUAUUUUGUCGUUUCUUCCGAUCAUUGAUUCUAUGUUUCAACCUUUUUUUAUGGAAACGCUCUUAGGCCACUUUGUGUCAAGGUGAUAUAUUAUGAUUCUGCUUAUGCAAAAAAUAUGAAAAUUCUUCACUUUCCAUGGUAAGUGAUAAUAUUUAUUGUUUCCAUUAGCCAAUUUGUCUAUAAAUUCACCAAAAUUUGACAAAUAUCAGCUUAACAAACCACCUAUCACUAUUAUAUCAGUUAUAAGUCUAGAACACAUAAGUUGAAUUGUAAUUUAUUUCCCGAAUAGCUCCUUAUUCAUUACUAAUUUACACGGGAGUGGUAAUAGGUCCCAUGUAAUCCCCCAUUCUUGGCUGGCCAAUAAAACUACAUGUGUUGACAUAAUCUUAUUUACUGUACGUUUCAGUCUUUGGGUACAGUGACAAUAUCUCUUAUUUAUGUCCUCCAGGUGACAGUUUGUUUUUUCUUUUCAUUAUCACGUUCCUACACAGUGUGUUAGUACAAUGGACUGAAAGUCCGGUAACAUGCUGAGAUUGCGCGAAGUCAUCGUUCCGAAUUUUAAGAUGGCACCACGCAAAACCAGCAUAGCCCAGAAAACCGCCUGGAGUAGACAUUCCCGUUCUAAAAAAAAUGAUGCCCAGUCCUCCAAAACGAAAAGCGAGCAUGAGGAUAUCUGUAGCUUUUUAAUGUACGAGACACUUCACCCUCGUCCAUCGUCCCGAAAACGCCAAAAACCCUGCAAAAGACGCGAACACCCACCCAGAACUGUUGGGAACGGGAAACAAACGAACUGUCACCUUGAAUAACAGGUAAAUGAAUUAUAUUUUCAUUGUACUAAAGAUCACCUUUGUGAUUAAAACGUUUACAGUAAAGAAGAUUAUGUCAAUACAUGUGGUUUUAUUGGCCAGAUAAGCAUGGUAGAUUAUCGACAAACAAACCACGACAAUGGCAACACGUUCAUCUAUCAGCAAUUUACAACUCCAACAGACAUGUCAUACUGAAACCUUGUGAAUCAUAAACAUUGCCACACAUACGGUGAAGUAAUGUCGGUGAUCUUAUUUUUAUCAAAAAAGCAUUUUUUGCUGUGUUGACGUAUUUUGUAAUCUUAUAUGACAAGACGUCAUAUUAGACAAAAAUUAUACAAAUUAUUUACGAAGUGCAAGUAUUACAGCACUUUUAUACAUACCUAUUUUAAGGUAUUUUGCGUAAUCCAAAAUACACUAUGUACAGUGAAUGAUGAACUGACACCAUUUGAAGUAUCGAAAAUUAGCGAGUCAUUUUUGGCAUAUAAUUUUCUCAUAUGUAUAAGUUCUCGUUUUUGCUAAUUUCCUUGCAACAAUAUCUCGGGAAAAUGUCAUUAAUAGGUGACAUCAAUGUGACGUCAUUUGAUAACAACUGUAGAAUCAGACAAAAAAUCCCCAAGUAGCUGCUAUUUCUUUGGUGAAUAAAAUGAAAUUUUUUGUUGAUGCGAUUUCGUUGUAGACAAUUUUUACCGAGUACAGCUAUAUUCACACUUCCAUAACUGACGAUUUUUCGUUAUUGUUAUAUCUAUACUAGAAUCAACGAGUAGUUAUCAAGAGAAGACCUUGGGUGUCAUCUGCAUUAUAGUAGGUAAGCUGAUCGUAAUUUUUUGUUCCAUCAUCUCGUACUGAUGUGACACGAUAAAAACUAGUUACAUCGUAACGUAUUUUGAUGCUAAACAGCAAGAUUGACGGGUUUAUUGUUUAACAUAAAAUACGAUUUGACUAGUUUUUAACACUCCAUAUAAGAACGUGAUGUAACCAAAACCUUGCGGUCGGCUCUUGCACUGUUACUGGUUUACAAAUUAAAAGUCAUUCGAAAUGAAUAAACAUAUCUUAAGACUAAGCUGUCUAGAUAACUCGCGACCAUAUCAUAUAGACGAACGAUUGGUCAAAUAAGCAAUUCGACUUAGAACAUGUUUGAACUACAAGCUGACGUAUUUCUUUUAUCACUAAGCUAAGUCGUGUAGUAUUCCACGUUGGGGCCUAAAAGUUAAAUAUGAAGCUAUGUUAAUUUAUUUCGUAGGAAGCGUCCACUGCAAGUGAAUAAUGGUCAAUGAGUCUAUCCAAAAAUGAUUAUCUAUCUGGCAACAACACAUAUAUUCCCGACUACCUGAGAACAGCCGUGUUUAGACAUCAGCUGUGUUGUGGCAGCCAUGUUUCUGGAGUCAUCUCUUACAUCUCUCCAAUUUUAUUCGCCUUGUCUGUCUUCUCUUUACAUAACUACUCUUUGGUAGAAUCUUACUAACCAAACAUAACCAGCUGAUUCGCAGUAGAUAUUUCAAUGUUGACAAUUGGUGUGGCAACUGAUUUCGGGUCAUUUGUCAAUAAAAAUUUCCCUUAACUCUACACAAUGAAUCCUAGAUUGCUCCCACGAUUAGAAGCGUCUUGGUAAUUCUGUGAAUUUAACCGAUUCAGCACCCCGGUUACAGCUUCUUUGACUUUUUUUACUCCCCCAUGAUGAUUUCCCAUGAGGUGAUAUCUUAUGGAAAAGACAAAGUCUUAGGGGACAAUAUACAAUAUCGGGGUUAUUCGCUGGGUGCGCGAUGUCAGCACUACCUAGCGUAUGUCGGGAAAAAUGUUUGUUCUUGACAUGUGCAAUAUAAAAGUAAACGGAUAUCAAUGAAAAUAAAAUUUAGUUGGUUUGAGGUUGAUCUGACAAAUGAUAGCGAAAUAUUUGCCCCAUUGCCAGGCUUCAGUUGACCCCACUGACACAACUUUUACCCUAGAGACCACGCCUAUAUUCCACUGUCAGACCGACUUUGUUGCCCAUUUUGCCGACCGCGUGUGCGGCGAUCGAUUUAUUUCCCCGCACUAUGCACUUCACCCCUUUUUUGUUUUUUUGCAUACGAUGCAACUUGCACCAACGGCCCUGUCAGUCUUUCGUACAGUAUUGAACUCGUGGUCUCAAAACAAAUCAAGAUGCAAUUCACCCUGAAGAUGCUUGCAAUAUAAAACCUUGUAAACAUUGCAUUUCUAUAAAUACGUUCUCACGAAGCCAACACCCGCAGGGGUAUUACGUAACUUGAAAAGUGUCGUUUCUUAACAUAUCGUUUUUUAUGACAUGUAGGUUUACUUACAAGAUGCCAACUGUAGUAGGCGCGGAAUGAACUAUUUGCACACUAGCAGCUACCAAGUUGACAUUUUGUCGGUGUUUACGUAAUAACCCUGCCGUAUCACGUAACAUGAAAAGUGACAUAUCACUUGAGCUAUAUCGUUUGGCUCUGAUGUGAUGCAACAUCUGCUUCAGAGAUGGCACUAGCGUAGGCCAUUUAUAGUUUGGCUUAAGCUGUAAAUUCUAUACUAUAGGUCAUUGUUGCAUAACCUCCUUAGGUACAAGUACGCGUGGCGUAGACUAGCGACUACCUAGUACACAAGUUGACAUGCCGAUUUCUAACGAAAUUGUAUCGAUUUAUUCCGUAUAACCCCUCCAAUAUUCAUAAAAUGCUCUAACUACUGUAGCUUCAUGUUUCAACUGGUAAUUGCGAAUUGCAGGUUUUUCCUGACUACUAAAGUGAACCAUGGUAAUUUGACAGUACUAACUACUGACAAUCAUGACAAGUUACUUAUUUUUUUCAUGUGAAACCAACCCUAAAAUUUCAAAGCCUGGUAAAAUUUAUUCGCUAAAAAGUUUUGGCAAUAUUUGUUUUAUAAUUAUUCUUAACCGGUCAAGAAAUCAAUAAGUAUGGAACCAGAGAAGCACAUAACAAUUGACCACAAAACCAGCUGAACUCUACUAAAAAGCCAACUUGCCACAUUACAUAUAUGAAAAAAGGCAAUUUAAUUCAUUUAGAAAAUGUUUAUUUUUAUCUAAAAUUGAUAUUUGUAUUAUAUUCUAACCAACGGGCUUUGAUAAAAUGAAAUUAUUUCAAUUGAGCUUUCCCGGCGUUGUAUGAGGAAAAAAUAACCUUACAAAAUGAGCCCUCCCCUGUUCUCUGUAACUAACGAAGCUUCUUAUUUAGAUAACGGAGAACGAAUGAUUUUCUCGCAACUGCGCAAAAUCGAAAUAAGGAAGAUCAUAUAACGGAGCAAAACAAGAUCACUAAAAACUCUAUGCUUGAAUUUGAUAGGAUCACUCAUGUAAAUGCUGUGUGCCGAUCUAUUUAUCGUUGGAUGAACACAAGCUCUCGUUUUUUUUUUUCUUAUUUCGCAGUAACGCUAUAAACGCAUGUCCAUCGUCAUGAAACAUGUACAUUACUACUGUCGUAUUUAAUGACGGAGGAGUUUUAUAUAUGGUUUUCUGAAAACGAUUCCAUGAUAGGGUUUUGUUCUCUUCUUCUCGUUCUAUAACUUAGUCAUGUUGCAGCCAACGUGUUCACGCCCGAUUUUUCGAUUAUGUGCAGAAAAACAUGAAUAGCGGGUAACACCGAUGUUCCGGCCUUUGAAAUAUCGGUAUGGCAAAAAUUCUGUAACCGUUGAUCUUUAAUCUUUGUAAAAACAUGUUCAAAUUCCCGCCUUGCGAACGAUUUCUUUGUUGAUUUGUAAAAAUGCACGCAUAAAAUAUGAAGCUCGGUCCGAAAAUAUAAGGAAGGGGUUCCCCAUCUCUAGACAGAAAUUAAUUUUUAAUUGCAAAGUUAUCGCAAAAUUCUCGAAAAUUAAUUGCCACACCAUGUAGGAUGAACAGGGCCAACUUAAUUUUCUGUAAAUAGUGUAUAAACGACAUUUUCAAUUGUUAUCCUUUCCUGCAGAUUACAUACGUGAAAAUGAUGUUUUGACCCUUUUUUGUUUUUUGUAGUAUACAACAAAUUAUUUUGUGUAAUUGUUUUUCGUUAGGUGAUACGGAAGGUCGCCCAUAACUUGAAGUAAUACUUGUACAAUUUUUAUGUGUAUAUAUUCUGCUCAACAAAGAUGGGUGUAACCGUAGUAUGUUGUAUUUUUUAUAUUUAAUUUGGUAACACGGUUUCCUGGCAAGUUUUGUCGAGCAGCGUAUAUUUCGGGCAGGAGUUGAUGUUAGCAAUCAGGUUGUUAAUUAUAUCAUUCAUUAAAAUCGUCCCUCUUUAAUUGAUUUCAGUUUAUCAUUAUUUGCACAUGUUUUAUAUUCUUAAUAAGUUAUAAAUAUAUAUAUUAUAGGGUA